AUGGAGAAAGACGAGAAGGUGAAGGAGAAGGAGAGGGAUAAAGUAUGCAAGAGGUGCAAGCAGACAUUCACUUCCUCCUCCAACACUUCUUCUGCUUGCCGUUUCCAUCCAUCAUUUUUUGUCUGCCGUCGUCAUGAUGACCAAAAAAGGUACUAUGAAUUGGGACCAGAUGAUCCACCAUAUGCUGCCAAAUUUUAUGAUUGUUGUGGGGCUGAGGACCCUGAGGCAUCUGGAUGCACUACCAGUUUUCAUGUGUCAUAUGAUGAUUGA